CAAAAUUCCUAUUGUAUCCUUUUUGUAAUUAAAAAAGAUAAGGGCAAAGCGGAAAGAAAGGAAAACGAGCAGGAAGCGAUUGGGGUUGCAAUUUGGCAUCGGAAAGAGAAAUGAGCGGAGAAGAAGAUGGCGGUGAGGCGGUUAAUUCCGCAACGACAGCAUGGGUGGAAGAACUUCAGAGAAGCCUUAAAGACUCCAAAAACUCAGCCAUUCGGUCUGCUCGCUUCCUUCACCAUAACUCCUCUACCCAUCUGCGCUCUUUCCAGGAUUUUCUACCUCAAGCAUUCUCCCAGUAUAAGUCUUAUGAAGAUGCCUUUUUCAACAAACUUAAAGUGUGUAAAUGGUUUUUUUUUAAAGAGGGGUUGAUGAGUGCAAAGGAACACCCAGCUGCAGCAAUUGGGAUGACUAUUGCUGCUGCCCUCUCUCUUAUGCCAGGCCCAAGAAGGCUUCUAUUCCGUAAUACGUUGGGUCGAUUUCAAAGUGAGGAGGCACAAUUUCUUAGGGCUGAAAAGAAUGUAAAAGAGUUGAACCUUUCUGUUGAUCUGAUGAAAAAGGAGAGCAGUAAGCUGCUUGAAAGGGCAGCUCUUGCAGAAAAGGAUAUGAAACGUGGCCAUACAGAGCUCAUGAAUGCUGGAGGUCAAAUUCAACGUCUUGCCUUAUUAGUUUACAAGGUUGAGGCUGAAACUGCAGAUUUGAUGGAUGGGCUGCGAGAAAUCCCUGGCAGGGAGGCGUUGAAACUACGAGCAGAGGUUGCUUCAAUAUCUUCGCAUUUGAGGCAGGAUAGGAUUUCACUUGACAAGAGGAUAAUGAAAAUAUCUGAAUUGGGGAUACCGGUCUGAUAACUGGGCCAAUCUGCCUUGUUAUAAUAAAGUGAUCCCAACCAAACUUUUAGAGAUGGAACUUAAAUCAGCCGAUAUAGUCAAAGUGCAAUUGAGAUAAUUCUCUUUCAUUUCAUAAACUUACUCUCCUAGAGUUUCAAGUUUUAGUCGUUGGAGUGAUCAUGUCAACUCCAAUUUUAACAUUCUCAGCCUAUUCGAUCAUGUGGCAUGUUUGUCAUGUUUUAAAAUAAAUAUAUUAAAUAUUUGUGGAAAAAUUCAAUGUGAAUGUCACUGGCGUAAACAUUGAUUGAUCUUGGACUAGGUUUUUACCAUUCCAGAGAAAAAAUAGUACAUUUUAAUUAACUUUAAAGGAAAAAUUGAUGCUGAUAUCUAUU